AUGUCAGCCAUUAAUGGAUCAUCAGGAUUUGGAGUAGCAAGUAAUAACUGCACAGAUACUAGCAAGCCAGCCAAGCUUAUUGUUGGUCGCCAGGAACCUUUGGAGGUACGUAUGAAUGCCUCAUGCUUGGCAAUAGUGGAACGCCCACCGAACACGGAACUCGGCAAUUUCUUUGACAGCCUCCAAGAAGUACAGUUAUUUGAUUAUAAGAAUUUCACAAUGUCUAGUUCAGCAAUAGAAGACCAUGGGAGCCGAAGUGGAUCAUCUGCAUCAACAUUUUCAUCUUCUCUUCCUGGAGAUGAAAAUCUAAAUGGGCGAUUGGUGGAUUUUUCAUCACGCCAGUGUUCUGUUGUGCGAACUGCUCCUGCACGUAAAGCAAAACGCAUUCGUUUUUAUCGCAAUGGUGACAAGUUUUAUAAGGGUGUGAUGAUUGCUGUAACGCCAGAAAGAUACCGUUCUUUUGAUAGUUUAGUAGCAGAUCUAACGCGGGCGUUAGUGGAUAAUGUAACUCUUCCCAGUGGUGUGCGUACUCUUUUUACAAUGGAUGGUCGCAAAGUAUGUUGCCUUGAAGAUUUAGAAGAUGGUAAAUGUUACGUGUGUUCUGGGUUGGGUGAAUCAUUUAAAAGGGUGGAUUAUGCAUCUACUCAGGUAUCAACUAAAUUAAAACACAGGAAGUCUGUUUCAUCAAUUCAAUCUCCUGAAUCCCCUCGUACUCCCCCUAUGAGAAGCUGUCAUCCUGAUUUUGUUAGACCUCGCUUAAUAACUAUUAUAAGAAAUGGAACUAAACCUCGCCGAGUGCUGAGAUUGCUUAUUAAUAAAAGAAAUGCACCUUCAUUUGAUCAUGCCUUAUCCAGUAUAACUGAGGCAAUAAAACUGGAUUCAGGAGCAGUGCGGAAAGUAUUCACAAAAGAUGGAUCUCAGGUAAUACAACUUCAAGACUUUUUUGGAAGUGCAGAUGUUUUCUUUGCAUACGGUACUGAAAGACAUAGCCGUGAAGAUUUUGAACUGGACCCUGAAGAAGCUAAAGCUAUUCAAGCUAUUAGCAAAAGUCCAGGGGGUCGAAGAUCUGGGGAUGCAUCUAGAAGUAAUCCAGAUGGUUCUCGGAUACCUACAAGCAUGCCUAAAAUGCCUGUCAAAACUAAAGUUUCAAAAGUAGAUCAACAGCUUGAAGCCCAAGAUAUAUUCUCUGCGGUUCCUUCAUCCCUUAGACUUAGAUAUCAAAUAGGCUCCAUCAUAGGUGAUGGUAAUUUUGCUGUUGUGAGGCAUUGUAUAGAUCGAACAACAGGUGUGGAAUAUGCUUUGAAAAUUAUUGACAAAUCUAAAUGUAGAGGGAAAGAACACAUGAUUGAAAGUGAAGUAGCUAUUUUAAGGAGAGUACGCCAUCCAAAUAUAAUCAGACUAAUAGAAGAACAUGAUUCACAUUUAGAAUUGUACCUGGUGAUGGAACUAGUGAAAGGUGGCGAUUUAUUUGACGCUAUUGCAGCAGCAACAAAAUUUUCAGAAAAGGAAGCUAGUGUAAUGCUUCGAAACUUAGCAUCUGCUCUUUUUUAUCUUCAUAGUCUCCAGAUUGUCCAUAGAGACAUUAAACCAGAAAAUUUAUUGGUUGAAGUGGAUGCACAGGGUACCAAAGUAUUGAAAUUAGCUGAUUUUGGGCUGGCCCAGAAAGUUACUGAGCUCUUAUAUACAGUGUGUGGUACUCCAACAUAUGUUGCUCCAGAAAUCCUAGCAGAAGCAGGGUAUGGCCUAAAAAUUGAUGUGUGGGCUGCUGGAGUUAUUUUAUACAUACUUCUUUGUGGAUUUCCACCUUUUGUUAGUGCCACUAGUGACCAAGAAGAACUAUUUGAUCGCAUUCUUAGUGGACAUUACGAAUUUAGUUCUCCCUAUUGGGACAACAUAUCACAUUCAGCUAAAGAUCUGAUUACUCACAUGUUGCAAGUACAACCAGAACUGAGGUUUUCAGCUGAAGACGUCCUGGAUCAUCUCUGGCUGGCAGAGGCAGGUGGUGCUGAACAGUUGAAAGUGCAUCGUACUACUGAUUUGCAGUUUUCAACUCAACAGACAAGCCGCAAGUCACCAGAUGUUGUGGCCCUUAGUGCAGUUAGUAGGUAAUGUGAAAUAAAUUACAUCUAGAAUGUGAAAGAUCAUUAAUGACUUGUUAGGUAGUAGUCAUCAGGGUCUUAUUCCAUUCCAUUCCCUGUGAUGAAGUGUUAUUCCUCUGUUCCAUGAAGAACUCAAAAAUGGAGGAUAUUUUUUAUGCUUUUCAUGAAUGUAGAGCUAUGUGAUGCAUACUCAGUUGUUUUGAUUUCAGCUGCUUGCAUUCACCUCUGUUUGGUUUUGACUGACCUUUAUAGUCGGUCCUUAUAUUAGUAAUGUGCUCCAGUAGAUAAUAUUUGUUUAAAUGUGAGUUUAGUUGAAAAACACACUUCAAAUUACUGCAGCACUAUUGGUUUUAAUUUAUGAUGCACAUUUUGCUUGUUUAUUUUUGUAUUCCAAAGAUAAAACUUAUUAAUCAGUCAGUAAAGUAUAUUAUGUAAUAAUGAAUGAAAAAUUGUCCUUAAAGGAGCCAAAGUUAGAACCAAAGCAUCAAAGCAAGCAGUGUUAUUUAUUUUUCAGAUACAUCCUUAUUAUAUUCAUUAAAGAGCCUUAUGAUCAUUGGCUAUUCUGUAUUGUUAUUUUGUAUAAUAUUGUAUAACUAAUAUAAUAAUUAUGAAUGUUCUACAAUAAGAAGCUGAACAAUUAAACAUCAUCAUUUGGUGCUGCUUGUCUUAAAAGUUGAAUGUUAUUACUGAGAAAUAUUAUUUGUCCACAUGCUAUUUGCUCAAGUUUGUUGCACAUUUACUAGCAGAUUUUGUUUGACAUCACUGUUAGAUUUCAGUUUCGAUGUAAUAUGUAAUGAAUAUGAUUGAUUGUGUUUAUGUUAAACUUUAAGUUUACCCUUUCCUGUGCUCUCUCAUGGUUUUCUGCUGCUAAUAUUUGUUGAGCUUUGUAGCUGGCAAGAAACAUUUGAUUUUGAAAGUGGCAGUAAAACCAAACUGUACAGAAAAAUGAAGUUGGGAAGAAUUCUGUUUUAUAUUUCUGCAGGUAUAGAAACAAGGCAUUUUGUGUGUGUUUGUUGACAGUUCUUUUUAUUUGUUUGCUUUCUGCUCGACAUUUAUUUUGUAACUUGACACCUGUGUCCUGAUAAAGUUGUUUAAUUAUCUAUUAAAGUAGAAUAGGGAAAGUAAUGCUGCAGGAAUAUGAAAUUGGUAUUUAAGUUUAUUUUCUUUCUUUUAUAGUUUGUAUAUAUCUCCAUAUAGAUUUUUGCCAAAUUAUAUGCAUGUUAUAAUUUUUAUUACAUACCCUCUUACUUAGAGAAACAAUAUUUAGUAUUUAUCCAGAGAUGCAUUGCAAUAUUAGAAAACAUUGACAGAUACUGUUUAGUUUUGUAAUUGUCUUUCAGUUGUCUUUGACUUCAGUGGACUGCAUUCCUUGAGUUACAGAAGAUAUAUACCUCCUAUCCAUCGUUUAUAUGAAGUAUCUCUAUCAUUGAAGUUAUUUGUUCAAGAGUCAAAAGACUUUUUAUUUUAGUCGCAAGUUUCAGUACAAAUGUGUGUGACUUGUGUUCUCUGUACAUUCAGACCUUAUUGAAUGGUUUUAAAAUGUAGUCUUUGUAUUGCUGGUAACCAGGAACUUUAUUUCCCCUUUGGAUUACAUUUGUGCACCAUUCACCAAUUACCAUGACACAACAUUGUGCUUCUUUCAUUAUUCUUUUAUGAAAGUUACAUGUUUUCAUUGUUUCAGAAGUAAAUACAGAAAUAACAUGGUUUCAAGUUCUAAUAAUUACUUUAGAUCCAUUUGUUGGUAUUUAAAACUAAUGUGUUGCUUUGAGUAACAAGUUUUAAUUGAAAUUACCUCCAAGCAUUUAAUAUUGCAUUUGGUCAUCUAUUAUUUGUUUCAAUUAAGACUGAUAUACUAACAAUUUUAUUUUAAAUUAUUAUGUAUUCUCCAAUUUGUCGGAAUAAUUUAUUAUGUUCAUUACAAGUUGUGUUUUGGAAGCUUAUUUUCAAGAUUAUGGACUGAUUGAAGUUCUGAGACAAAAUUCAUAGGUGAGUUUUAUUGUAAAAUUUACAUUGGAAUAUUGUCUCAGUUUAGAAAAUAGCACAGUGCUGAAUAUUCAAGGAACUUGACUUGGUAACAGUAUUGCUCUAUGCAUUUAAAGCAAGUAUUCAUAUUUUGAUAUUUCAUUAUUUGUAUGUUAACGACUAGACAAAAAAUUUAUUGAAGGCCUCAGUUUUUUCAGCUGCUUGUACUGUGUGCAAACAGAUGGUUGAAGAAAUGUUGCACAAAUUAAAAAUUAAUACAACAGAAUGCAUUGUUGUGUUCAUACUCUAUAUUUCAUACAGAUCUUUCAUACUUUUUUUGCCUGCCAUCCUGAAAGUGACAGUAGAUUUGAUCAUCAGAAUAGCCAUUGGAAUAAAACUUCAAGCCAUGUGAAUACAAAACAUAUUUGUAAAUGAUACUGACAAUACCUUGUAGUACAACAUUUAUGAGCUUACACAUUAGUUAACAAGUUCCAUUCUUCAAAACAUGGAUACAUACCCGAGACACAACACCACUAAGUGAUAAAGUGAUUAUCUUGUCUUGUGAGCUUGAGUGGUUUUUGCAGCACUUCAGAAGGAUACUGCAUUUUCAUUGUAUGUAUUUGUAAUUUAAUAAAUUAAGCAUUAAUACAGUUCAGUAUUAAUUAAUAGUCUUAGAUUUAAAAUUAAAGACAACAGUGAUACUGAUAAUGUAAAAUGAAUAUAGUCUCAGUGACACAAAAUGCAUAUAAAAGGACUGAUAAUUCUAUUAUUGCUUUUUUUUAAACUUUUUUUAUUCUUUGAAACAGACACAUUUAACAGUAGUGAGUCAAGUAUGUUAUUGUUGUGUCAAUACAAGUCUCUGUGAAAUAGGGAUUCCAGGUAUAGAAGUAUGCAUACAUAUGAUCCACGUUACCGUGUGAUUAAUGAACUACUAAUAUUCCUAUGCAUUCACAUGCAUUUAUGACUGAGUAAUAAUAUCUUUUUGUUUUCAUUGCUGGGCUAUAUGGUUCCUGUCAUGGAUUGAAAGAUUUUUUUUUUUCCAAUUACAGAUAGUAUAAAAGAUGCACAGCUCUGGUAGUAGAAAAUUAUAAUUUUGUCUAAUUUCUUCAGUUCACAAGCCUAGAUUUCAUGGGGAUUAUAAUUAUCAAACUUCAUUUUAACAAGGAUCUCUGUUAAUUGUAAAAGGAAGUACUAAUUAAUAAUUAUCAAAGAUGUUAUUCAUAAGUUCAAAGGGUACAAAACUGUGUUCUCAUCAUGAUGAUUCAUAUCUGCACUUUUAAUAAAAAUACUAGUUCUACAAGAUAUAAAUACAUAUGUUGCUCUAAAUCAAAUUAGGUAUGGAACAGAAUUUCAAAUUUUUUCCAGUAGUAAAUUGAAGGCUUUAUUUUUGUUUUGUGUAGGUACGUUUUUUAUUAAUUUAUACAAUGAACAAUUUUUUAUUGUUUAAAAAUUCUUCCAGCAGUUAUACAUAAUUUCACCCUACAGUGAUAUAUCAAACAUUCUUGAUGUAAUCAUAAAUAGGAACAGAGAUCAAAUCUUUUGUAUUUAUUGACAUAUAUCAGAAACUGACAUUUAUCAGAACCAACUUCUGUAUGGGAAGUUGUAGGCCAUUAAAAUAAACAAAGGACCUAUAUGAAUAGAAAUUAGAAAGUUUCUUUCAUUCAAAUAUCCUAGUGAAACUUGUUUUUGUAGAAAUAAUUUUCAAAGCUGUGCUCUUUGUGUUCAUGUAACUACAAUGUUGUCAUAUAAAAAAUACUAUUAUAAUUAAUACCAAUGCAGUUUAUUCUAUGAUAGAAAAUUACAAAACAUAAAGUUAAUCUUACACAACGAUUUUUAUACAUAUUUGCUCAAAUAUUUGCAGAAUAAUUGUUUGCUUUUCUUAAUGCUAAUGAAUUUGGGAUGAACGCCAAUUUAGAUAUAUGUAGAUACCAAAAAUUUGUAAUACUAUGAAAAUAUGUUUUUAUUUAUUGUAUUUUAUCAAAAGAUUAAUUGCACUUUGUUAAAAUGCAAAGCUUACUAAAGCAAAUACUCUGUCAAACCUUCACUCCUUCUUUUCAGGUGAUUUGUGUAUACAAAAAAUAAUUGUUGAACUAUGUGUAGCAUAUUAUGAAGUUAAAAACUUCCCAGAGAAUUGUAAAUGAGAUUAAUUACAGUAAACUUAUUUUAUUUUCUGUCCUUAUAUCCAUAAAAUACCACUUGUGCAUUUUAUGUUUUUCAUUUGGAUUGCUUUAAAAAAUAUUAAUGUAAUUGAUUAAUUCCGAAAUUUUGUGUUGCAGAAUUAUUUUAUUACUUUCUGAGGACAGUAUUAGACUAAUCAUUGACAUGCAAAAGAAUAAAGAGAUUUCUCUCAGAAAUUGCUUGGCAGGACUUGAUGUAUCCUAGAAAUUCAAUAUUUUUUCAAAAGUAGUGAAUAGUUAUUUGUAGUGUAAAUAUUGUAUAUAGACACUUUCAUUUUGAGUGAGCUCUGCCAUUGCUCUGAAAUAUUUUGAUCAACAGGCAUGUCCUUUUCUAGUAUAAAUAUGUUGGCAAUAGUUACCUUAUAGUAGAUUGGAACAUAUUUUUAUGAACAGAAAAAUGUAGAUGAUAUACAUUUAAAAGUGCAAUUUCACAAAAAGUCUAUGUUAGUUUUGAGAACUCCAUCCAUUAUAUUGAGCAGUCAGACAAUUGUUUGCUUGCUGCCAUUGUUCCUCAUGUGUCCAUGUGUGCUUGAAAGUUUUGGUUUAGCAUAAAUUUAAAUUAUUUUUCAAAAAGUGCAAUAAAAUAUUAAAAUGUACUUUAGAGCAUGAGAAAAACUUUUGAGGUUGGAGAGAGGGUGCAGAGAAGUAUGUAGAAUAAAACCUUACCUAUGUUACUGGAAAAAAAAUUUAACAUAGACUGUUCUUUCUAAAUACGUGCUACCAGAGCCUAUACGUAAAGGAUAUUCACAAUACUUCCUCCUCUGAAUUUUUAAUGGGAAAUACCUGAAUUUUGCGAAGUUAUGUGAAUUGGUUUUGCUAGGGUGCAUCAAUUGAAUUGAUCAUAUAAUUCCCAGGGUGCUGACCAAAGCAUUUGUGCUUGAAUUCAUCUUAACAGUUUUUUACUGCAGUAUUUGAUAGCAUUUUGCUCACAGAUAGUUUAAGAUUAUGAAAGAGUUGAAUUUGAAAGAAUGAAGAUUGAUUGUGCCAACAUAUCAGACAUUCGUAUUUCAAGCUAGUAGUAAAAAUAGGCAUUGUCUUAUUGAGAUAAUGUAAUGAAUUUCUUGACUAUAAGAGUAUAUCUAAUGAUUCAAUUAUGAUCUUGCAAUAAUGAAUGUGCUUGUAGUUUAGUGAAUAAAAGUUCUGUAAUAUUUUAAAUUACAAUUGUACUUUAGCUUCUUUUAACUCGGUAUAAACUUCAUGUUUGAGGAACAUAGACAUUGAUAUAUUACUAAAAAUUAUUGCUAUUUGAAUUCAAGCUCAAAUUCAAUUUUGAAACACUUCUAGUCAUACAUGAACAUAAAAAUUUUAGAGCUUACACAUGUUUGUGUCAAAUGCUUCCCAAAGUGGCCUAACUUACCACUAUUUCUACUCUGUUCUUUAUUUUUGAAUUUUCUUUCUUAUCUAAUGUUUGCAGUGGAUUGUGUGGUUUUGUAUGAUUAUGAAUAGUUAUAAAAAUAGUUUGUAUUGUUUACAUAUAUUUAAUUAAUUUAAUGAUGUCUACAAUAUUCGUUAUACUAUAAAUGAUGUUGAGUAAAGAAUGAAUUGACACAUUUGGAGGACAGUUGUCCAUGUUUUGUUAAAUUUUUUCUGAAUAUUUUGCUGCAGCAAAUACAUUGUUUUUAAUUCCA